AUGGAGGGAAUCUGUAGACUCGCUGAAGAGUUAAGUGGCGGGCCACAUAAAUUAAUUAAACAAGAUGAUACGUUUUAUAAAGUACGAAACGGACGUUUGAAGCUCCGUAUAUACGAAGACUCAUCAGCUACUCUGGUCCGAUACGAUAGAAGUGAUGAGGGUGGUCCGAAACUUAGCGAUUACGAUCUGUUAGAAUUUUCUACUGAAGAGAAUGGAAAAGCUAUGAAACUGGAUAAAAUGCUAAAACAAUGUUUGGGUGAGCGUGGCCGUGUUGUUAAAGACCGUAAGCUCUACAUGGUUGGACAAACAAGAAUCCAUAUAGAUUCUGUUAAAAAUCUUGGAGAUUUUAUGGAGUUGGAGGUGGUGCUAGAUGAAAGCCAGACAUUAGAAGAAGGUCAAAAGAUCGCAAGAGACCUUCAAACAAAGCUCGGGGUUGCUGAUGAAGAUUUGAUUGAGUGUGCUUAUAUGGAUUUAUUAGAGAAAUAA